UCUUGGAAACCUAUAAAGGCCCCGCUUUCCUUGCUCUCCCUCCAUUCCACCCAUCAUUCAUCAGACUUGCUUUCCUGCACAGAGGGCAGGGAGGUCCGCGGGAACCAUAAAACAUGAGGGUUCCCUUUCUUUUUGCUGUCUUCUUCUGUUUGGUCCACACGAACUCAGGGGACAUCCCUCCUGGAAUUAGAAACACUAUCUGCCUCCUGCAACACGGGAAGUGCAGAUUAUUUUUUUGCUAUGCUGGUGAGAAAAAGGGUGAUAUUUGCUCUGAUCCCUGGAAUAGGUGCUGUGUACCAAAUCCCAGCGAAGAAGGGAAAUGGAAGGUGGCAAAUCUGGAAUCUAAAACGCAAGCUCCUGUCACCAUCAAGGGAAGUGACAAGAAGGACCCACCCCAUCACCUUGCCCCCGUUGCACUGUUGGGUGAAAGCUGA